UCAAUUCCGCCACACGGCAGUAAAGCGGUUGGCGAAUGGCCGGAAAUUAGUCGCGACCCUCUUCCAAUGGCGGAGCGGCUUGUUAGGUGUCGGUUGGAAGAUGGCGGACCGGCUCACGCAGCUGCAGGACGCUGUGAACUCGUUAGCAGACCAGUUCUGUAAUGCCAUUGGUGUCUUACAGCAGUGUGCUCCACCUGCAUCGUUUACAAAUAUCCAAACUGCCAUAAACAAAGAUCAACCAUCCAACCCAACUGAAGAAUAUGCACAGCUUUUUGCUGCACUGAUCGCACGCACUGCGAAAGAUAUUGAUGUAUUAGUCGACUCGCUACCAAGUGAAGAAUCAACAGCAGCAUUGCAGGCUGCAAGCUUACGUCAGCUGGAAGAGGAGAACCAUGAGGCUGCAGCACUACUGGAAGAAGUUGUUUGUCGGGGUGACCUGCUGUUGGAGAAGAUACAGAGUGCGCUAGCGGACAUUGCCCAGUCACAGCUUGGGACAAGAAGCAGUGGUCGCUCUCAGCACAUGCCUGAAUCUUAGCAGCUGGAUGCAGCGUCCUACUCAGACUGAUGGUGUGAUCUACACUUUGUGCAAAGAUAAUUGCAACAUUUUUUCUUUUGUAGGAUGGCAGGUAGG